AUGGAUAGAGGCAUUGUGUCUGUCGUCUCUCAAGACUCUGACAAACAGUCUUCAAAUAGAGAUGUUGGGAGCACUUUGAAAGCAGGGGCGACGGAAACGAUCCUGAGCUACACGCCCAGCAAUGGAUCCUCGGAGGACACUGAGGCCGAAGUCCAGUCCAGUAGCAUAUCUACUUUGAAUCAUCGGGAUGUUGAUGGGCCGGAAGAAAAACAAGCCUCUGGCCGAGUGCCUAGAUUAAUGAUACUAAGAUAUAUGCUACUAUUUGGCGGUGCGGCUCACGCCUCGCUGGCUUUAUGCAGUGCUCUUAUCGUGCAGUUGGCCUACCUCUCGAUCACGCUCUGGCUUUCUGUAUGGACUAAUGCCAGAGACGACAAGGCCCACCAGUUUCCAGACCAGCGAUUCUACUUAUACGUGUAUGCUGGAACUGUGGCUGGCUUCAUUCUCCUCCAAUUUUCGAAUAACUUCAUAUUCCAACGAGGAGGCUGGCAUGCAUCCAGAACCAUGCAUCAGCGUCUUGUGAAUGCCGUCGUUAAAGCACCCAACUCUUGGUUCAGGAGUGUCUCAAUUGGGCAGAUCCUCAGUCGUUUUGGACCUGAUACUCAAUCUAUUGAUGCAGAAUUGACUGGCUGGCUGCGCAUGACGCUGGACAAUGGGCUGCGCUUUGUGCUCCGGCUGGCCAGCAUCGCGUCCAUUAUGCCGAUAUUUGCUCUUCCGGCCGGGCUGUUUUGCCUCAUAGGAUUCGCAACCGGCGAGAUGUAUUCAAGAGCAGAGAUAUCUAUCAAGAGGAUUGUCUCUAUCAAGUUUGCACUGAUCUUUUCCCACUUCAACGAAACAACAGCCGGCAUGGCGGUAAUUCGAGCACAGCGAUCCAUGGAUGGAGUUUUUCAACAGGUGCUUGCUGACAAAAUCGCCCAACAUAUGCGAGCCGCUGAAGCCCAGUUUAACUCAACAAUUGCCGCGACGGCUGGAUAUUUUGCCUACUCCAAGUCGGGCUCAGCCGGUCUGGUUGGGUUCUCCCUGACAAACGCUAUCGGGCUCAGUCAGACCAUCCUGACCUUGAUCAGGAAUAUGAACGAGCUGGAGGUCGAGCUGAAUUCUUUUCAACGUAUUCACGACUAUACGAAGGUUGAACCUGAAGAAACCGCCGAGACUGAAGCUUUGCUGGCCAAGAACAAGAUCCCAGCGGCCUGGCCAACUUGCGGCAGGGCAGAGAUUCGCAACUUGAGGGCUCGAUAUGCGCCAGAUCAGGUAGAUGUAGUGCAGGAUAUCAAUCUUGACGCAAAGCCCGGCGAGCGGAUCGCAAUUGUUGGGCGAACGGGCAGCGGCAAGAGUACUCUAGGGCUCUCCAUGUUACGCUCUACACAUAUCAGUGCUGGACAAAUCCUCAUUGACCGGGUUGAUAUUACCAAGGUGCCCUUGCGACGCUUGAGGAAGGCCAUUGGCCUCAUUCCUCAGGAGACUGUACUUUUUUCCGGCGACGCCCAAUCCAACCUGGACCCCUUGUCAGAGGCAGAUCAAUCAGAGCUGCAGUCUGUCCUUCAAACAUAUAGUUUAUCACAAGAAGGGGGGAUGGCGCAAAGCAUUAACGGCGCAGUCCCCAAGGCCCAACUCGCGACCGAUACGCCCAUUGCAAGCGGCGGCACGAAGUACAGUACUGGCCAACGUCAAAUCUUCGGCCUCGCGCGCGCCAUGUGUCGCCGCUCGAAGGUUAUCAUCAUGGACGAGGCAACGGCAUCGGUAGACCACGAGACCGAUGCAAGAAUGCAGAGACUGGUCCGGUCAGAGUUUGUUGGCUCUACCAUUAUCGCUAUCGCUCAUCGCCUGCGUACCGUCGUGGAUUACGAUCGUGUCAUUGUUAUAGGAGAAGGAAAAGUCGUCGAGAUGGGCACGCCGAGCGAAUUAUUGAAAUCCAAAGGGGCGUUCUGGGAGAUGCUUAAGCAUACUGGCGAGUAUGAUGAGCUUAGAAAGUUGAUAGGAUCAUGA